AUGUCGUUGAAAGACCUCGAGCCCAACAGUCUCCACAUAUUGAUAUUCUUGCGCGACGAUCCACCAAAGCCAGAUGACUACCAUUGGGCUCUCUAUCUCCAUCAGAACGCUGAUCUUGCAGGCACCAAGUAUCAUGUGAGAGGCUCAGCAGGGCGCUGGCUUGCCGACCACGCGGUCGCGAAAGGCGUGUUGAAAGACUUUCUUCUAGUUGGACUUGUUCAGAUUGCAACUAUUCCUCCUGAUUUCAUGGACAAUGUCGAUUCGAUUUUCCGCACUUAUGAUAACCAGGUGAAUCAAAUUCCUGGGCUGACUUGUCGGACUUGGAUUUUUCAUGUAUUGGAAUUGAUGCAAAAGCCCCAAGGAGGAAGAGUUAUCCUAAAGUGCGAUGAUCUUGCGGCUUUGGAACGAGAAGUGCUCGAUUGGGGCAAUGUGAACGCUCAAUCGGCGUCCCGCAACGAACAACCGCGACCGCUCUAUCGAUCUUCGCUCUGCGGCUUCUGA